AAAUCAUUAUCAAUACUAGAAAAUAAAGUAAAAGAUUUUUCGAUAGAUAUUCCACUGAUUUUUUGUACAAAAAUAGGUGAAGGGACAUCUGCAUCUAUUUUUAAAUAUGAGCUAAAAGGUGAUCCGGUGGCUGUAAAAAUCUUUAAACAUUCUUUAUCCAAGAAAAGAACACUGCAGGUUGCAGAUAAAUUACGCAAACUAGUCUGCCCUCACCUCGUAGUGUUUAGAGGAUACUCAUUGCGACCAUCAGCAUUUAUAUUUGACUUCUGCGGAGUAAAUGUUGGAGAUGAAUGUGUAAACAAUGUAUCCCAAAUGAUAAAAAUUUUUAAUGAAAACGAUCAUUAUGUAUUAAACGAAAGAUUAGACAUUAUCAAACAAGCUACCUUAGGUUUAAAAACUUUACAUGAUUUUGGAAUUGUACACAGAGACUUUAAACCAUCUAAUCUUUUGGUCACUGGAACUUUAAGCAAAUUAUGCGUCAAAUUAACUGAUUUUGAUGACCUAUCUUUAAUACAAGAAACUGUUAAUGCCACCCUAACAAACAAAGUCUUUUUGUUUGGAAUGACUUUAACUUAUACAGCACAUCUGCAAACAGGAAGUUAAAUCUCCAUCCUUUAAGUCAGACAUUUAUUCCUGGUCAAUGUCAGCUUACGAAGUUCUUUCUGGAUAUGAAAGCCCUUGGGUAAAUAUAACACCUAUACUAAAUGAUUCUCUCCUAAUAGAAGCUUUGAGUCAAGAUAAACGACCGAAUAUAAAUGACUUAAACCAGUUUUACACAUUUAAUGAUGAAACUUGGAUUUUCAAAAUGAUUUGCAAUGCGUGGGACACAAAUCCAGAUGUUAGAAAAGAUAUUGAUAAGAUUUUAAAAACCCUAAACAAAGAUAGAAGCAAGCAAACAAUAAAACCAAAACAAGAUGCAAAAAUCUAUCCACUCAACGAACGUAGGCAGUUAUCACAGAAAAAGACCCGCUGUUUCCAAAAUGAAAAAGCAGAAAAACAUUACCAGAGUAAAUCUGACCCUGAAAAUCUCGAAAAAAAAUUUAUAAAUGAUUACAAAGGUAAGAUUGUGAAGAGAGCUAUACAUUUGAUUUAUGAAAUAAUAAUAUAACUUUU